AGAAGCUGUGGUCUCGCGAUACUUCAUUCAUCGUCAGUUUGUUUCCUUUGUGAAGCUGAGAACAACUAACCUCCCGUUUUUUAAGCCGGUUUGUUAGCUUAGCAUCAGCACAACAUCCGUCCACGGAUCGAUAUAAGAGUGCGUCCAGACCGUCAGUCACCUUUCCGUUACAGUUACAGACGCAGUGAACCGCUUGAGUCAUCUCCAUGGCACUAAGACGAGGACACAUCAGGUACCUGAAGGUGUGUGAGGUUCAGACGUCUCAGAGUGAUGUCAGAGACGGUCAGCAUGCUGCCAAAGGAGCUGCUGGAAAGGAGCUGUAUGAUAACGGAUACAGCGAGCAGAUGAUGGAGGACGACGACUCCAGAACCAACCUGAUCGUGAACUACCUGCCGCAGAGCAUGAGUCAGGACGAGCUGCGGAGUCUGUUCAGCAGCGUCGGCGACGUCGAGUCCGCCAAGCUCAUCAGGGACAAAGUGGCAGGCCACAGUUUAGGUUACGGCUUUGUUAACUUUGUUAACCCUAAUGAUGCAGAGAGGGCUAUCAGUACCCUCAAUGGCCUGAGGCUACAGUCUAAAACUAUCAAGGUGUCUUUUGCGCGUCCGAGUUCGGACAUGAUCAAAGAUGCGAAUCUGUACAUCAGCGGGCUGCCGAGAACGCUGAGUCAGCAGGACCUGGAGGACAUGUUCACUCGCUAUGGACACAUCAUCAACUCCAGAGUGCUGGUGGACCAGGCCUCCGGUCUGUCACGGGGCGUGGCCUUCAUCCGGUUUGAUAAGAGGGCAGAGGCCGAAGACGCCGUCAAACACCUGAACGGGCACACGCCCCCGGGCAGCUCGGAGCCAAUCACAGUCAAGUUCGCCGCCAACCCGAAUCAGGCCAGGAACUCUCAGAUGAUGUCACAGAUGUACCACGGCCAAUCGCGGCGCUUUGGGGGACCCGUCCAUCACCAGGCCCAGAGGUUCAGGUUUUCUCCAAUGAGCGUCGACCACAUGAGCAGCGGGGGCGGAGUCUCGGGGAACUCGUCCACCGGUUGGUGCAUCUUCAUCUACAAUCUGGGUCAGGACGCAGACGAGGCCAUCCUGUGGCAGAUGUUCGGGCCAUUUGGCGCCGUCGUCAACGUGAAAGUGAUCCGAGAUUUCAACACCAACAAGUGCAAAGGCUUCGGUUUCGUCACCAUGACGAACUACGAGGAGGCCGCCAUGGCGAUCCACAGCCUGAACGGGUACCGACUGGGAGACAAAGUCCUGCAGGUGUCAUUCAAGACCAGCAAGGGACACAAGUAGAGAGGGAGGGGAGGAAGAAGAGGGGAGAGUCUUGACUUUCUUUCCAUGUAUCAGUCAGUUGAGCCGAACAGAGAGUUUUCAGCAGUUGCGUUUGUGUUAAUGUGAGUUUAUUUUUUUCUCCCAGCAUGCCUGGUUUCUUUCAGGCUGUAUGACAUCACUAGUCGCUGUAAAAAGUUUGAACGUUGUUUCUCUGAAUGUUUAAAUAUUGAUUCAAGAUGGCGGACUCUGACCUGCAGGAUGAUUGACAGCUGACUGUGAGAGCGGUUACCAAUGUAUCCUCAGUUCCUAACACGCUGAAACGUCAGCAGCAGUUUGAAAGCCAGAUGUGAAUCCAAACAGCUGCAGAUGUUUCAAAGAGGAAACUACAAACUGUUUCCAACCUGCAGAGUUUCAUACUGAAAACAUCUGGAGUCAGGUCAGUGUAACAUAGUUAACAGGAGAAACUGUAAGUCUGCUGUUUGACUUCCUGAUUUAGAUCUGUUUUCUCUUUUUUUGUGAUGCAUUCGGUCAGUUUUUCUUUGUUUAGAAAUACAGAGUUUCUCCUGCAGACAUCCCGUUCAACAGGAAGCAGCUGGUAGCCAUUACAAUAUAUUAAAUAUAUGAUUAUUAAAGGUUCAUCUUAGAUUCAAAUGAUAUAAAAAGUCGUUCAUGUAGAAAAAUCUUCUGAGCUGUUGAGCUGCUGAUAGGUGAUCAGGUGAUGCACAGCUCUCUGGGCCAAUAAGCACACAGGAGGCAGGGCUCCAGGUCACAGUCUGAGUUUCUGAAGGAACAAACAGAUUUUAUUUCAUAUUUUUACAAAUGGCUUCCAGGUAAAACAAAAAACAAACCCACCUGACAUAAUGAAACCCUUUUAUGUGUACUGAUCCUUUUUUCACUUUGGUAUUUUCAUUUGUAUUUUGUUUUUGAAUUGCAGCUUCACUGUGAUGAACUGUUUAUUCAGUAAUAAAAUCUGUUUAUUGAAAA